GACAGGCUCGUGGAAUGGUGUUUCAACUUGCCUGUGACUUUAAAUCUUUCUGCUCUGUGAGAGGGUUCAACAUGCACCGUUUUAUUGGUCGGUAGGAAUCCUGUGCACACUCCGGAUUGGUUCCCUUUAUUUGUUCCUUCCCCUUUUUUUCCUGAAUGUAUCAUUCAGAUCAUGAGACUUCUGGUUUGCAUAACUAGACCGCAAACCAGAGUGUUUCUCCAAUUUUAGACUAGAGAUGAGGUCCUUCCCUCCGGAGCUGCUGCUGCUGCUCCCCGUCCUGCUCAGCCUCGUCUCUGGACUGCAGUCUUCCUCCUUUUCCCAGGUCCCUUUCCUCAGCGUGUGGAAUGCUCCCACCGCCAGCUGCCUCUCCCGGUUCGACGUGGACCUCGACCUGGGGACGUUCAGCAUUGUCCAGAACCAGAACCAAACCUUCAUGGGCGACAACAUCACCAUCUUUUAUGCUGAGAAGCUGGGUCUGUAUCCCAGCUACAGCGGCCAGGGCGAGGCGCUGAACGGCGGGGUGCCUCAGAACAGCAGUCUGGAGGAGCACCUGCGAGCCGCCCGCCAAGACAUCCGCACCGACAUCCCUGACAGGGAGUUCCAGGGCCUGGCGGUGGUGGACUGGGAGAGCUGGCGGCCCAUGUGGGAGAGAAACUGGGACAGCAAGCACAUUUACUGGGAGGGGUCCCGAUCGCUGGUGAGGUCCAGGCAUCCAGACUGGAGCCCUGCGCAGGUGGAGGCCGCCGCUCGAGGGGAGUUCGAGGAAGCUGCCAGGAAAUUCAUGGAGGAAACUGUGAGGCUGGGCCGGGAGGAAAGGCCCGGUGGUCUGUGGGGUUUUUACGGAUUUCCAAGCUGCUACAACUACUACAACGGCACCAACUACACGGGGGAGUGUCCGGCCGUGGAGAUGAAGAGGAACGACGAGCUGCUGUGGCUGUGGAACGUCUCGUCGGCUCUCUACCCCGACAUCUACCUCGGCCUGUCGCAGCGAGGCCUCCACAGAGAGGUGCUGCUUUACACUCACCACCGCAUCCUGGAGGCCAUGAGAGCCGGCGCUCAGGCCACGCCCUCGCCUCCACCCGUCUACCCUUACAGCCGCAUCGUCUACACCUACACCUUAGAUUUCCUCUCUCAGGAACACCUGGUGUACACCAUCGGAGAGAGCGCAGCUUUAGGUGCAGGAGGUGUGGUGCUGUGGGGCGACAACAGCUUUUCAAGAUCCAAGGCCGCGUGUGAAGCAGUGAAGUCCUACAUCGACGCCACUCUGGGCUCCUACCUGGUCAACGUGACGUCGGCUGCGGUUCUCUGCAGUCGGACCUUGUGUUCCUCCCGGGGACGGUGCCAGAGGAGGGACCCCGGCUCCGGGGCCUACCUGCACCUCCACCCCGCCCUGUGGAAGGUGGUGUCUGAGAGAGGAGCCGGGGGAAGGAGGAACUACACCGUGUUGGGACGGAUGCAGACGCAGCAGGUGGAGCUCCUCAGGUCGGAGUUCCGGUGUAAGUGUUACCCCGGGUGGGGCGGGAAGAGCUGCUCCGAGCCCACUCACACUUGAGACUUCCAUGGUGAAGUCUUUGGAGGAGGAAACAAGCCAUUCAUGUGCUGCCUCAUCAGAGGAACUUUUUAAAAACUGUGUUCUCCUAAAAGGCUGAAAUUAUUUGAUGUUUAACAACCAGCCACCAGCUCACAACACAUGGACACGUUUCUGCUUGACAGUAAAAUGCUUUAAUGACAAACGAGCUGUUUCAUUGGCUAAACAUGCCAAAUCUGUUACACAGUGGAUUAUAGCUAUUUUAACCCUUCAAGGGGCAUUCAUUGAAAUACCACAUUCCACAGCGGUAUUUAGGAUCAUUUUAAUCCUUUGAAAUAAGUGAACACUUAAUAGCAAUUUACACAUGGCAGAAUAAGCAUUACACUGAUCCAAACCCAACAGAUCUCUGUAUUUCUUGAAAAAUGUCUCUAAAACAAAAACAAUGUACAGUUGACUUCUGUAAAAGAUGAACUGCACACUAUUAAAAGCUGCUGUGCCUUUAUAUCUACAGUGUUUUGGGAAUGCUGUGACAAAGUGAAACCCAGCUACCUUCCAUAUCAUAUUUUACCUACAAGCAAGAAGCACUCUAAAGAUGUCUUCCUGAAAAUUCAUACUCAUUUUUUGUGCUUUUGUGCAUGAUGCUUCUCUCAUAUGGUUUUUCAUGUUUUUUUAAAAUGAAAUAUGAAGUUGAUUUGAUCAAUCUUGUGAACUAGCUGAAAGAUCCCGGUCGUCCGGUGCUGCUUCCUGUGUGAGCAGUAGUUUUUUUUCUACCAAGCAAGUAUUUGAGAUCAAUGCAUUGAUACUGUACAUCGCCUGUGCGUGCGUGUGCGUGUCACCUUUAACCUGACUUUUACGUGCACAUUCAGCACGGUGUGGAAGCCGUCAAGGCUCCAACAGAAAGUGUUAAUGGCUGCUGGUUUGGGUUUCAGAUGCCCUGCAUGUUUAAGAUGUUUUCCUACUUCAUCAUAGCUGAUGGGAAUGGUUGUCAGAUUAACAGGCUCUACAAAGGCCUGUGAAUGUCAGGCUGAUUUCAACAUUAAAACAUCAAAGAGGACUUUACUUUAAUAAAACAAAAAAAAAAAUAUUUUUUGAUUUGAAGAUUUGAGGCUUUUCUUUGAUGCUCACUAAUGUACGGGUACUAACAUUUUUACAUUUUCGAUCUGAGAGGUUCCUUAAAUAAAACAUGACAAAUGACACAAAUCUGGUAAAUAGGGUUAUCUUUUAAGCUUUUCUUUGUGUGGAGAACUAUUGACAGACGAAUUAUAAAAAACUGGAAAAAUGGGAGA